CUAUUGAUCCAGAGGUAAGCUCAGACUCAGAGUCUUGGUUGAGCGACCCUCUGCUGCCCACAAACUCUCAGACUUUAGCUUCCUGCCCUGCUCUGUUUGGGUAGCACAUUCACCUAAUCCUGUCCGGGCCAUUAGACCAGUUGGAGCUUCAUCUAAUCUUGGAGCUACCCGGCGGCAGGAUGUCUACAGCUGCUGCUGGAAACAAGGUGGAGAUUCAGUUGGCUGAGAGGAGCUGAGCUGUGGGUCUGUCAGCCAAAGAGGCCGUAUGUGUUCACGCUGGAGCGUGCUGCAUGUUCACAUGGUGAAGAAGAGCUCUGCCCUGAGGGCUGUGCGUGAGGGGGCGGACCAUCCCCAGGAGAGGAGAGUUCAGCCUGGUCUUUAACCAAUCUGAUACUCCGCUUCACCUCUCCAAUAAAGAACUUCCCCCUAACCCUGGGGCGCUGACUUCGGUCUCCCAGCUCUCCCACACCUCCAUCUUCUCAGCUCCCCCCUGAUCAAUCCACCCCCAAAACUUUCCUGAUUCUGGCCCUGCUCCUCCCUGCUCCCUCCCUGCCCCGGUGAGUCUCCCCUGGCAUGGUAUGGCGCUACCUUCAGCACACGAGUUUCACUGGCAGAGCCUGGCACGACUGCCCAGCGGGCGCGUCUACCACACUCUGUCUGAGGUGGGGGGGCAGAUGUACAUGCUUGGGGGCUGCGACGCUGCAGGGAGGCCCUGCCCGGCCCUGGACCUCUACUCCCCCGAGGGGGACCGGUGGAUAAGCUUGCCCCCCAUGCCCACCCCUCGCGCUGGGGCAGCUGUUGCUGUCCUGGGAAAACAAAUCCUGGUGGUGGGAGGAGUGGGAGAGGACCAGAACCCCCUGAAGGUGGUGGAGAUGUACAACACAGAGGAAGGGAGGUGGAGGAAGAGGAGCGCUCUGCGGGAGGCCUUGAUGGGUAUAUCCAUCACUGUCAAAGACGGCCGGGCUCUGGCUGUGGGGGGAAUGGGUGCUGAUCUGCUCCCUCGAAGCAUCCUGCAGCAGUACGACCUUCGAAAGGACGUUUGGGCUCUGCUUCCUCCCAUGCCAACCCCACGCUACGAUGCCAAUAUACAUCUGCUGGCCAACAAACUCUACGUGGCAGGCGGCCGUCAGUGUAAGCGACCGGUGAAGGCCUUUGAGGUAUAUGACGCAGAGACGCGUUCUUGGACUACUCUACCCAUGAUGCCUUGUAAACGUUCGUAUGGGGGUGUGAUAUGGGACACGACUGGGAGGUUGUGUCUGCUCGGAGGACUGCGGCAGGGAGGAGGACACCAGAGCUCCAAGUUCACCAAGAACGUCAACAUUUUUGACGCCAACCAAGGCACCUGGUUGAAGUCGGAGGAAACGGUGGCGAUGAAGACGAAGAGAGCUGACUUUGCUGCUGCUUUCCUGCGUGGCCGGAUGGUGGUAACUGGAGGACUUGGUCAUGAGCCUUCUGCGCUGGACACGGUCGAGGCCUUUCAUCCUCAAAAGAAGAAGUGGGAGAAGUUGGCUGCCAUGACCUUUCCCCGAUGCUCCACCUCCUCCAUCGUCAUCAGAGAUCGCCUCCUGGUGGUGGGAGGAGUCAACCAGGUUCCCAGCUCAGCUCAUGAGAUCCUGUAUGUAAAGGAAGAAGAGUAUCUGUAGCUGCAGGAACUGACAUCAGAUCAGUGAUUCCACUCCCUUGUGGAUUGUGACUGUGUGAUGAAAUGUAACAGAUAACACUGCCCCCUGCUGGGCUUUCUGACACUGAGCCCCACAUGUAAGCACGCACAUGCACAAUGGAGGAGCUGGCUCUUUCUUUAUACCAAGUUGCAUUCCUUGAUCCUUUCAGUAUGUGACACUUCUGCGUUGUACGUUGUAGUGCAUACAUGGAGAAUAAACUAUUUUGUAGCGUAUAUGUCUAGUAAUGUAGACAGAAAAUAUGUGGAACAUA